AUGGCCGCGUCCACCCUGUCCGUCUGCUCCAACGAUCUGAGCUACGGCAGCCGCGUCUGCCUGCCCGGCUCCUGGGACUCCUGCCCCGACUCCUCCUGGCAGGUGGACGACUGCCCAGAGAGCUGCUGCGAGCCCCCUUGCUGUGCCCCCCCCCCCUGCCUGACCCUCAUCUGCACCCCCGUGAGCUGUGGGUCCAGCCCCUGCCAAUCAGCCUGCACCAGCUCCUGCCGGCCCUCCUGCUGCAGCUCCUCCCCCGGCCAGGAAGCCUGCGGCGAGUCCGUCUGCUGCAAGCCCGUCUGCUGCACCCCUGUCUGUUGCAAGCCCGUCUGCUGCAAACCCGUCUGCUGCGAGACCUCCCCCUGCUCGGCCUCCUCAUGCUGCCAACAGCCUAGCUGCCAGCCCUCCUGCUGCAGCUCCUCCCCCUGCCAGGAAGCCUGCGGUGCGUCUGUCUGCUGCACCCCUGUCUGCUGCAAGCCUGUCUGCCGCAACCCUGUCUGCUGCACCCCUGUCUGCUGCAAGCCCGUUGGCUGCACCCCUGUCUGCUGCACCCCUGCCUGCUGCAAACCCUCCUCCUGCGUGUCCCUGCUCUGCCGGCCCGUGGGCCCCUGCCAGGCCUGCUGCGUGCCCACCUCCUGCCAGCCCAGCUGCUGCCGCCGGGCCUCCUGUGUGUCCCUGCUCUGCCGGCCCGUGGGCCCCCGCCAGGCCUGCUGUGUGCCUGCCUCGGCCCAGAAGUCCUGCUGCUGA